AUGAACUUCGUCCAAUCAACGCUGCGCUGGCCGGUGCAGCUGCGCCCAAGUAAAGACGCCUUCGGCGUAAUUAUAUCGUACGCAAACACGUACACCAAUAUUUUGGCCGUCUCAGCCCUGGACCCGCUCAAUGUGUCGGACCCGGAUGGGAAGAAGUGGGACACCGUGGUGCCGACCUUCAGCGAGUGGGAUCUUGCCAAAGAUGCUAACGCCAAGCAUGAUGAGUUGCUCAUACAGAGCACCAAGUUCAUGGUUGACCAGAACGAGGUCUUGGGGCGCGUGAAAGCCAAGGGCGUGGAUGUGUCGGAUUGGCUCUAA